GCCCGAACGCGAAAAGCGAACGAGAGCCACUGAAGGCAGCGCGCUCCAUCUCUCUAUCCUCUCUCUGCACGAUCGAAAAUGAGCUAUCAGGUUCUCCGAUCCGCUUCGAGGACGGCAAGGGCUUUCCUCUCGUCUUCGCGGACCUCCGCUGCUCCCUGCCAGUGGCGCACAGCAGCAGCAGCCACCGCAAAUGUGUUCAGAGGUUCAGCACGUUCUCUAUCUUCAAUUUGUGAAAGGGCUGAUUACAAGAGCACAUCCAGAGGAUGGGUUUAUGGUGCCCUUUCCAUUCCUGCUGCAGUAUACAUGCUACAAGAUCAUCAGUUACAUGCAGCAGAGCUGGAGAGAACAUUCAUUGCAAUAAAGCCUGAUGGAGUGCAAAGAGGGCUGAUUGCAGAGAUUAUAUCCCGUUUUGAGCGCAAAGGAUUUAAGCUUGUGGCAAUCAAGAUUGUGGUUCCUUCCAAGGAAUUUGCAGAGAAACACUACUAUGAUCUUAAAGAAAGACCUUUCUUUAAUGGCCUUUGUGACUUUCUUAGCUCAGGUCCCGUGAUUGCUAUGGUUUGGGAAGGGGAGGGAGUCAUAAAAUAUGGUCGAAAACUAAUUGGUGCUACUGAUCCACAAAAAUCUGAACCUGGCACAAUCAGAGGUGAUCUUGCUGUUGUUGUUGGAAGAAAUAUCAUCCAUGGGAGUGACGGGCCUGAAACAGCCAAGGAUGAGAUUGCUCUGUGGUUCACUUCAAGCGAGUUGGUUUCCUACACUAGCAAUGCUGAGAAAUGGAUCUACGGAGUCAAUUAAUCAAUCUCUAUACCUCCUCUCUAGUUUUCUUUUUUCUUUUUGACAUUUUCAUGAACUAGCAGAUGCUGCAACUGCAAUCAAAAUUUUCGAUCCAUGGAGCGGGCGAAGUGCACCGCAAGAAAAAAAUGUCAUUAAUAAGUCAUCAUCGUCUUGAGAUGAGAUUCUAAAACUACUGAAAUCUUUUUCGGGGGCUGUAGAAUGUUAAAUCUGGAAAUGAUAAGCUGCUCCAUUGCCUUC